AUGAGCAGAAGUAACUUCUGGAGAGUGAUAAAGAAGAAGACAGCGGGAGAGAUGUCAGGGGUGCCCUAUGCAAUAGGCCUCGUUAACUGUCUUAUCUACACCUUGUAUGGCUCCCCUCUCAUUAGCAAUGAAUGCGAUAAUGCUCCUGUCAUGGUUAUCAACGCCAUUGGCUUCCUCCUCCAAUUUAGCUUCGGUACCAUCUAUCUCCUCUAUGCUCCACCUGAAUCUAAGAAAAGAAUGCGUCUGAUGGUUGGAGGAGUCUUGGUGGUGUUUAUCAGCACCGCAGCAACUUCCAUGUGGGGAGUAGAAGCAGGCCAGAAGAAAAAUCUUGUGGGAACUACUGGAAUGGUGGCCACUGUCAUUCUCUUUGGAUCUCCACUCUCGGAUAUUAGAGCUGUAAUUCGGAGCAAGAGUGUGGAGUGCAUGUCCUUCUACUUCUCAAUGUUCGCUUUCCUCGGCAGUCUGUUGUGGUUGGUUUAUGGUGGUUUGAGCAGAGAUAUUAUUAUCAUGAUUCCUAAUUUUCUUGGAAUACCACUGGCUUCGAUUCAGAUGAUAAUAUACUGCAUUUAUAAGCAAAAGAGUCGAGGACGAAUUGAAGAUCUAAAAUUGAAAGUAGUGCCCCACAAUUCCUCUUUCUGA